CCAUCAUAGGUGUCUAUUAACGAGAAUAGUUGUGAAUCAAUAAGUUGAUUUUUUUUCUCGCCAAAAACAUGAAUAUUGAAUAUUAAACGAAUAGCAUAAGUACUUAUGAACAUCUGAAUUGUUCCAAAAACACUUAAUAUAUGAACCAUUUGAAACCAUUGAAAUAUGUCAAUUUGAAAACAUGAACGACCAAAAUAUUAUUGUUGUACCAAAAAAAUAUUUGUUUUUUUUUCUCUAAUUAAUUCAAGAAGGAGUUGAGAUUUGUCGAAGCAUCAAUAUCGUUCACUGUUGCAUUAAAUUAUGUGAGUAUUUAUCCUUUUCUGUGUGGCACACAGUACGUGAAAGAGUUAAAUACUAAUGCAAUAGCAUUUACAUUGUACAUCAUCGUGUAACUGUGUGUGAUAUCACAUUUUCGGCGACGUUGUUUACAAUACUGUAGCUUCAUUCGGCUUUGCUAAUUCUUGCUCGUCACUGUUUAAAUUUAGUCACACCAUUAACGCAUUCGAUGCGUCAGUGCUUAGCUUAUUAUGAGAUUUGAUUCUCAGCCUCAGCCAAACAGCGAAUAGGAAAUGUAACGUUGAGACAUUUUGCGGACCAGAAACAUAGGCAAAGUUGACGUAUACCCUUCGCUAUAUGUGAUAUGCAAAGCCAAUGAUCGUGUAACUGUGUGCGAAAUUAUACUUUUUUCGGUUGUUGCCAAUGCGUCAAUACUGUAGCGGUAUCCGAAUUCAUUUGUUUAGUCUUCACUUAGUUUUCUCGUCGCCAUUGAAAAAACGCACGAUUUAGUUGGUGUCAGCAUUGUUCAAUGCAAAUUUUCGGAUAUAGUUCUCGCUCUCAGUCAACUGGCAAACAAAAAAUCGCAAAAUGGAUAUCGAGUUGCGAAAGUUAUUGAAGGAGUUAUCGUCGCAAUUGCUGGAAACAUUGGGGAAAGACGAAAAUGUGCCGAAUGACAAACAAUGCAGCUGCAGCGACAUAUUCAAGGGCAUUUCCGUAAAAUUGCGAGAGUUUGACGAAGCGUUAGAAACGUCAUUGGAACCACAAACAAAGGAACCCAUUGAUGAGCAAAAUGAUACAACAUCUGGUCCAAGUCAAUCCACAGUCGAGACUGAUCAAUUGUCCACACCAAAGCAAACUGUCAAAGCCAGAGCAUCGAAGUCGAGCAGCUCAAGUGGGCCAAAGUCGAGCAGCCCAAGUGAGCCAAAGUCGAGCAGCUCAAGUGAGCCAAAGUCGAGCAGCUCAAGUGAGCCAAAGUCGAGCAGCCCAAGUGAGCCAAAGUCGAGCAGCUCAAGUGAGCCAAAGUCGAGCAGCUCAAGUGAGCCAAAGGGUAAACAAGAGAUAAGCCCACGAGAACAACGGCUAAUGGCAAGAAAAGAAAUAGCCGAGUCGAACGAUGUCAGCCAUCCAGUGAGAGGUCAGUUAAAAAGAAAGUUUGAUCCAAAAUAUGACGUGCGUGUAAGACUAGAUCGAAUAGACCGACCUAAGCGUCGACGACGAGACAGCGAUGACUUUCGUCCAGCAAGUAUGGAUCCACUGGUGGAUGAAAUACCAAAGUCGUCAACUCAGAAUGGAACCCAUUCACGUUACGCAAUGGCCAUGGAAAAGCGAAAAUCAGUAUUGCGCAAUACAAUUGCACUUGAUCGGCCCAUCGCUGAAGACACGGAUGAUGAUGACGACGACAAUGAGAGAAAUAUGGUAAAAAAUACCAAUCGAAACAUGUACUAUGCAAACAACCUGUACAAAUUGUGUGUUUUGUGUAACAAGAAAGAUGCCCGUUUGGUUUUGCACUACUUGAAGCAUCAUUCGGAUCAUGAAGUGCUUAUUGCUCGUCCAUCACCAGCUAUGGCCAAUGUAAUACGUACAAAGAGCCAAAACUUCGAACUGCACAAAGGCAAACUAUCAGGUGUUUGUUACUUCUGUGAGGAGAUGAAGGCAAUGCAGAUCAGAACCUGGAAGUCACACCUGCUGACACAUACAGGUGAAUCAAUGUAUUUAUGCACCGGUUGCGACACUGCAUUUAAACAGAAAACCAGUCAUUCAAACUGCGGCACCGAACAUUUCACGAGCAUCUAUGAUUUGAGCAAAUCCAACGAAUCAAAUGGCGCAUUGGAAGGAUACAUAUGCGCAGAGUGCAACUAUUUGCAGAUUGGCGAAGAGCAACUGAUGAAUCAUUUGACUAGUCAACACGGCUACGGUAUGCGUGGAAUUGAUAAACAUUACGAAAAAGUCACACUGAUUCCAGAUAUUUCCCACGUGAGAACGAGCAUCAGAUAUGAUUUCAUCGAACCAGACACGCUAUUCAAGUGCACCAUUUGUAAUGCUCAGACCGCUGAUUAUGAAGAAUUAGAAGAGCACAUUUCCGAAGAACAUGCACAAAUCGAAGAGUACGUUUGUUGCUGUAACCAGAAAUUACCGUCACAUAAUUUGACCGCUUUGGCCCAUUUGUUCAACCAUUAUCCCGAUUUAUACCGCUGCAUGAGCUGCAACGAUAAAGAUGCAACCGGAUACUACCGAGCACAAGGUAUAUUGAAGCACAUUUCAAACGAGCACACGAAAGAUGUGUGGACGUUCCAGCAUAUUCAACGUCAAACUGACGAGCAAACAAUUGUGUCUGAAUUUCGAUUGAAUAAAUACGUUUGCAAUGUUUGCGGUGAAGAAUUUGCAAAAGCGAUGUUGGCUUUGAAUCAUUUUAAAGCAGAACAUCCGCGCCAAAUCACCGACAUCAAGACACUCGUUUCGAAAAAGCAAUCACAAUUGGGCGACAAAUCGGGCGAUACAAUAACGAAUUUCGUGGCCAGCCAAAGUGGCUACGUACUGCGCCAAAGUUUCCUUUGCACGAAAUGUAACUACCAAAGUACGAGCAAAGAAGAUUUAUUGGCGCAUCACAAUGACUUCCAUCCGGAGACCAUGUUUGAAAUGAAUCCCGGCUCAACGAUGCUGAUACACUUGGAACCAAAUGCGCCCGAAGAUGAAAAGGUGAACGGGAAAUUCGAUCGAUUCAUGGUGUAUUCGUGUUAUCAGUGCUAUGAAAACAACGAUUCAACAUCCAUAAACAGUCGUUUCAUCGAUGGAACAGCCAAGAGGGUGUACGAUCAUUGGUUCAACGAGCACCGUAACGCAGGCCAUCCAUUCCGAUUUUACAUUGAAACGUUGGUGCAGUGCCAUUACUGUGACAUGAUCAGCACAUACAAAGGCAUGCUCGAUCAUAUCGGACAGAUUCAUUCAAAAUUACAAAUCUGUUUCAGCGAUGUGAAUGCAAACGACAAAUGUCCAAUGUGUGACCAUACAUGCAGUCCAUCCGAUCUGCCGGAACACUUUCAAAACGAACACAGUAUGAUAUUGGAGGUGAACAUGCUCAAUCCGAAUCGAUUGACCGAAGAGCAAUUUCAACGGUUGCUGAACAUUGAUGUUUACACGAAACCGAUGUGCGAUCAUUGCGGUGAAAUGUUCAAUUUGGACGAUGAAUACAAUGCGCAUCAUGAGCUCAAACAUGCAGCAGAAACGAAACGUGCAAGAAAUGUGAUUGAUAAAUCACACAAAGGAUUGAUUGCUGUCUGUUGUAACAAAUACUUAGCGCCACAAGAUUUUUUCACCCAUUUGAGUAUGCACACCUUUCAAUUUUCGUGCCAACAAUGCAAUGAAACAAAGCCGAACUUACCUACAAUAGAAGAGGCAGCACAACACGACAUGAUCAAACACAAUACAGAAAACUCGUUGGGAAAACGCUGCCGUUCACUCAAUCGUACAUUGCGAAAAAUGUUCAUCCGCACAAAAGUAUUCUACGGGAAUGGUGUAGUUCUCUACAAGGCCAAUUUGUUCGGAACCCGUCAAGAUGAUAUGGAAGUUUUUGAGAGUUACCUUAGCACCAAAAACCAAGAUCACGCCAACAGAUUCAACACUUUGCUGGAAACUAGCAGCAACUCAACUAAAAAUGACUAAUACUUACAGUUUUGUUUACAUUUAUUGAUCUAUUUUGGUUUCUCCAUUUUUUUCCAAUUUUUUUUCUGGACAAGUCGACAUCCUCUUUGAAGAAUACCUAUCAUUCCACAAACAAACCAUUCACAGCUGCAACGGUGAAAAUUUAUUGUAAUCAUUUGAUAACGCUCAUGAAGAGCGGAUUUUUUUUUCUAUGUAUCCAACAUGUAUUGUAGACAAUACGCCUAAGAAAGCGAUUACAUUUUUUCAAGUAUCAACUCACGAAUAAAACCAUCGAAAUAUUCACGUCAA